AUGCCCAUGACUGGAGGACCUGGUAUUCCCGCUUACAACUGGGACCCACCUGGCCAAUACACAGGGGGUGCGGAUAGAGGGCACAACAUCUCACCGGUGCUGGGAGGCCCUGUGUCAAUAACUGCCACCAGACUUGGAACCCAUCUUGUAACGAGUGACAAUCAGGAAGAACUAAGGUCCAGAGGAGGGAGAGAUGGGGUGACUCACCCUGGCUUCUCUAUAUGUCUCUCAACAACAAAUGUGAAGAUGAUACCUGUCAUUGGACAGGGAGGAAAAAUUAGACACUAUGUGUCCAUUGUCAGAGUGUGCAAUGGCAACAAUAAGGGUGAGAAAAUAGCUGAAUGUGUUCAGUCUGACACUCAUACAGAUAAUCAGUCAGGCAAACAUAACAACAGGAGAAAAAGCUCACUAGAUGUCAGAACUGCUGCCUCUCCAACAAGCAAAGUUUCCAGCCAGAGACGACGCUCCUCCGUGGCCCGGAUACAUUCCAUGUAGAUCGAGGCGCCCAUCACCAAGGCAGCAAUCGAUAUCAUCAGUGCUGCCCAGAAAAGCAGUCCCAUGCCUGUGACAGAAGCCUUAGAUUGUGUGCUGGAAAUUCUAAGAACCACUGAAUUAUAUUCAGCACAAUUCGAUGCUAAGGACGAUGAUCCUCAUGCCAUUGACCUCGUUGGGGGCUCAAUGUACGUUGUUUUGCAAAGACCAUCCAGGAAUGAGUAUGUUCUUUCAACAAAAAACCCAACUCGGGCCAUGGAAAAUGAGGAAUCCUGGGACUUUGAUAUUUUUGAACUGGAGGCUGCCACUGAUAAAAGGCCUUUGAUUUAUCUUGGUCUCAAAAUAUUUGCUCGCUUUGGAGUCUGUGAAGUCUUGAAAUGCUCUGAGACAACGCUGAGAUCGUGGCUGCAAAUUAUCGAAGCCAAUUAUCAUGCUUCUAACCCCUACCACAAUUCUACACAUUCUGCCCAUGUGCUUCUUCACGCCACUGCCUAUUUUCUCUGCAAAGAGAGGAUAAAGCAAACUUUAGAUCCACUUGAUGAGGUCGCUGCCCUCAUUGCAGCCACUGUCCAUGACCUGGACCACCCCAGGAGAACCAACUCCUUCCUGUGCAAUGCUGGGAGUGAGCUGGCCAUUCUGUAUAAUGACACUGCUGUGCUCGAGAGCCACCACUCGGCCUUGGCCUUCCAGCUGACCACUCCUGAUGAUAAAUGCAACAUCUUUAAAAACAUGGAGACGGAUGACUACUGGACACUGCGCCAAAUUAUUAUCGACAUGCUCUUAGCCACAGAAAUGACAAAGCACUUUGAGCACAUCAACAAAUUUGUCAAUAGCAUCAACAAGCCCUUGGCAGCAUUAGAGGAAGAUGGGGAAACUGAUAAAAAUCAAGAAGCCAUAAUCACUAUGCUCAGAGCUCCAGACCACGGCACUCUGAUCAAACGAAUGCUGACUAAGUGUGCUGAUGUGUCCAAUCCCUGCCGACCCCUGGAGCAGUGCACUGAGUGGGCCGCACGUAUCUCAGAAGAAUGUUUUUCUCAGACUGAUGAAGAGAAGUGACAGGACUUGCCUGUGGUGAUGCCAGUUUUUGACAGAAAUACCUGCAGCAUCCCCAAAUC